AUGUCUUCUCACAAGACUUUCAGAAUCAGGCGAUUCCUGGCCAAGAAGCAAAAGCAGAAUUGUCGCAUUCCCCAGUGGAUUCGGAUGAAAACAGGUAAUAAAAUCAGGUACAACUCCAAGAGGAGGCACUGGAGAAGGACCAAGCUGGGUUUAUGA